GUGCUAAAGAGCCAUGGCCAAGACUACCUUGUUGGCAACAAGCUAAGCAAGGCUGACGUCCACCUGGUUGAAGUGAUCUACAACAUGGAAGAACUGGAGCCCAACAUCAUCGCCAGCUUCCCUCUGCUGCAGGCCCUGAAAACCCGAAUCAGUGACAUGCCCACCAUGAAGAAGUUUCUGCAGCCUGGCAGCCAGAGGCAGCCUCCUGUUGAUGAGAAAAGUGUGCAGAAAACAAGGAAUAUCUACAAAUUUUAGUAUAGCGACACAGAACAAGUGCUACAUCUAAGUGCUGAUCCUGAACACUUGGGAGAAUGAGGUCUCUCAAUUACAUACAGUAAUAAAAUAAUAACUAAUCCUUAAGAGAUUUCAGGGUUACCUCUUCAGAGGGGGGAAUGUUGGAGGGGAGGGCGUGGGCAUGGAUUUGAUCAAAACACCUUAUAUGUAUGUAUGAAAUUCUCAAUAAAGUUUUUGUAAAAGUUAAAAAAAAACUUUUAAAUAAGGACAAAAAAAAACUAAUAAUAAACUCCUAUGACAUGGCUUAAUUAAAACUCUCUUUCCCUAAGAUAUACUAUGAAAACAGUUUUCUUUCUUUUUUAUUUUUCAUUUUUGUUUCUGAGACAGGACUUCCCUGUAUUCACAGCUGGCCUGGAGGGCCUAUUGAGGGCUGGGAUUAAAGGUGUAUGACAUCAGGCCUAGCUCAGAAUUUGUUUUCUAAUAUCCUGGCUUAUCUCUUUCCUAUAACAAAAUUUUAAUAAAAAUGGAAAAUCUAGAUUA